CAGUUGACAUGGAAAGACACGACUUUGCCAGGAUUUAGCUUGACAAUGUGCUAUUUAGCUACUUUCAAGUUUACGCACAUGGUGUCAAUUUAAAAUCAGAUCUACUUGUCCAAACACAACCCUCCCGUAAAGUACACUCAGGGAGGCUGAAAUUUAUCCAUCAAAUUCCCAGGGAUGACGGCCGAACAAGAAGGAGACCUCCUUGAAGAGGACUCCCCUGAGGAGAAUGGAGUCCAGACAAACCAGUACAGCUCCAUCUCUCCUCCAUCCUCACCAGUGGCGCAGGAUGAACCCUUUUCCACAUACUUUGAAGAUAAGGUGGUCAUUCCUGGCAACGUCAGCCAGGUGUUCAGUUUUCGUAAACUCUGGGCGUUUACUGGACCAGGGUUUCUGAUGAGCAUUGCUUACUUGGAUCCAGGGAACAUUGAGUCUGACCUGCAGUCUGGAGCUAAAGCUGGCUUUAAGCUCCUGUGGAUUCUCCUUGGAGCCACCGUUAUUGGGCUGCUGUUGCAGAGGUUAGCUGCCCGCCUCGGGGUCGUCACCGGGAUGCACUUGGCUGAAGUCUGCAACCGACAAUAUCCAACUGUUCCUCGGGUCAUGCUUUGGCUGAUGGUGGAGCUGGCAAUUAUUGGCUCAGACAUGCAGGAGGUCAUUGGCUGUGCCAUAGCUCUCAACCUUCUGUCUAUGGGCAGUAUUCCACUUUGGGCAGGAGUCCUGAUCACCAUCACAGACACAUUUGUGUUCCUCUUUCUUGACAAAUAUGGCCUGAGGAAACUUGAAGCUUUAUUUGGCUUUCUCAUCACUGUUAUGGCUCUCAGCUUUGGUUACGAGUAUGUGCUGGUAAAGCCAAAUCAAGCGGAGCUGCUGAAGGGGAUGUUUGUACCUUACUGUGCCGACUGUGGGCCUGUGCAGCUGGAGCAGGCGGUGGGGAUCGUCGGAGCCGUCAUCAUGCCCCACAACAUCUACCUGCACUCGGCGCUGGUCAAGUCUCGGGAUAUUGAUCGCAAAAAUAAGAACGAAGUAAAGGAAGCCAACAAGUACUACUUCAUUGAAUCAACUGUUGCUCUCUUCAUCUCCUUCCUCAUCAACGUCUUUGUCGUAGCGAUCUUUGCUCAGGCCUUCUUCAAUAGAACCAAUAUUGAAAUGAAUAGUCAGUGCAAUGCAACCGGCAGCCCUCACGCACAUCUCUUCCCUCUCAACAACGACACGCUGGAGGUGGACAUCUACAAAGGGGGAGUGGUCCUGGGCUGUUUCUUUGGCCCUGCAGCCCUCUACAUCUGGGCGCUCGGGAUCCUGGCAGCUGGACAGAGUUCCACGAUGACAGGCACUUACUCUGGGCAGUUUGUCAUGGAGGGUUUCCUGAACCUCCGGUGGUCCCGCUUUGCCCGUGUGCUUCUGACUCGCUCCAUCGCCAUCACACCUACACUGCUGGUAGCCAUUUUUCAGGACGUUGAACAUCUGACGGGGAUGAAUGACUUCCUCAAUGUGCUUCAAAGCAUGCAGCUUCCCUUUGCUUUGAUCCCAAUUCUGACCUUCACCAGUCUGACAUCCAUAAUGAACGACUUUGCAAACGGAAUGGUGUGGAAGAUUUCCGGAGGCAUCGUCAUCCUGGUGGUUUGUGCGAUCAACAUGUACUUUGUGGUGGUUUACGUGACGGCGCUGAACAGUGUGCUGUUCUACGUGUUCGCUGCCCUGCUCUCCGUGGCCUAUCUGUCCUUCAUAGGCUACCUGGUGUGGCAUUGUUUGGUUGCCUUGGGGGUAUCCUGCCUGGACUUUGGUAGCAGGAUGUCACGGCACACAGACAUUUACUUACUGACUGACAUGGAUUCUGAUACUCUGGUUGAGAGCUAGGAGGAGGCAUUGUGAUGAAAUGUUGGCUUGAUGACCCGACGGAAGCGUGGGACCACUGAAGCUGGGCCAGUAUGUGUUUGUAUUCACCUCUCUGUGCCUAACAGGUUUUUUAAAGUGUCUUUGCGGUACAGACACCGAAGUUUAAUCGAAUGACUGAUGUUUUCCAUCGCAAAUUUCUCAGCAACCUCGGCUAAAUGAUGUUUACGCAAAUAAUAGUUAAAUGCCUGAAAUAAUUAUGUUAUUGUGACAGUUGACAUGAAGUUUUUGCAAAACAAUCUCCCCUCAAGGUCCAAUAUAUCAUGUUUAACCCGAUAGUGAUGAUAUUAUUGUUUCCAUUCAGAAAUCGCACAAUAACUAACUUACUAGUCCAUGUUAUUGAGAUGCCAGGGUCUUGCUCUGAGAGACUCAGAUGUCGGUUUUCAGCCAGUACUUUACGAAAGAUGCCGUAGACAGAUAUGGAAGAUAUGGUCACCAGCCUGCCACUUGAUCAGAUUUUUUCAUUGUCACACAUCCUCAGUGAGAACAAGAAAAAAGUUGGAUGUGAAUGCUGUAUGUUUUAUUCAGAAAAAAAAACUAAACUACAAAUGAUGUGAAUAAUUUGUUUGCAUUUGUUGGACUGCACAGCUGACAUUUAUUCCAUCUUAUAUUCAGAUAAGAUACAUCUAAGUGAUGUAUAAAAAAUCAUCUAGAUGCUAAGAUUAGUAUAACAAAUUGUUCUAGUAAAUAUAUUUAGACACUUGAGAAAUAAAGAAAGUAUGUGUCAUUAGUCACACCUGUGCAUUAUACUAUAUAAAGGAGUGACAGUUCUAUGUCAUUUCAUGCUGGAUAUGGUCGUACAACCUUUUUUCCCGUAUCCUUUCAGGGCCAGUCAUAAAAAAAAUUUAAUAUUGAAUUAAGUCCCCACUACUUGGUGGUAGUCUCUCACAAAGACACUGGCAGCAGACACUCCCUUUAAGAUAGUUGGAGGCAGUCGCAGGCGACUUAUUUAUUGGUUCUCACAUAUUAGAAUCUAAUAAUUUGGUAUCUUCUAUUGGUAUCUAUUUCUUCUUCAAAAUGUCCUCAGUCAAGCUGAGGCCAUUUUGUUUAAUUCUUAUUUGUGUAGUUUAUUGUUUUUUUUAAAAUGUCUGGUUGGUUUAAAACAUAUAUUUUCUUUAACUUCAGCUUUUGGGGGAUAUGUCGUCAACCUUUUUCUUUUUAUUAAGCCAAAUUUCCGUGAGGGUGUGAUGUGUGCAAAAGUGCAUAACGUUACAGAAAGAGUUGGCUAUAUGGUGCUAAUAUGGGAGAUACAGUAGACGCUAAAUAUGAGAAGGGAUGUGUUGCAUCAUGAGUAGCAGCAUUGGUCAUGUUAAUUGUAUCUCAGUGUUCCUUGUGUCUUGACAAGAUACUUUUUGUUACUUGACUUUGGUGUACCAAUAGUUUCAUGAGAGUUUGUUACUGUACAAAAUAUGGACAAGAUUGCAAUAGAGUGCUAAUAUAAAAAUGCCUCUAAUGGUGACAGACUUUCUUUUUGUGCACUUUACUAACUUUUCAAAAACUUUUAUUUUUUAGAAAAUAAGAUAAGUAUUCUAUGUAAAAAGCAGAAGAAAAAAAUAGACGGAACAUUAUUAUUAAUGUCAAACAAUAGAAUACAUAAUUAAAACACUUUAGAGUUAUGAUUGUGGACUGCUGGUUUGGGCUGAUAAAUAAACCACCUUUUCCUUGACCAAACACUGAACUGCACUUGUAUGUUAUAAUUACUGUGCAGACGACCGCAGUGCCUCCACCAUUGUGCCUAUGUUCUUGGGUCUCGAGCACAUGUUCCAAUCAAAAACAAUUAUAAAUCAAUACAAUAAUCACACAUUGCUGUACACAACUGUAGGACACAAGUAAAACCAUCACAAUCAUAAGAAUAUGUGUGUUAGGGUUGAGGUGUAGAGAGGCUGACCGUAGCUUUGACAGUCUAAUAUGUUUUCAAAUUUGUUUUCUUAUUGCCAUUGUAUUCUACAUUUGCCAACAAACUUUCUGUAAGACUAAUAAUGUUCUAUACAUAUGUGAAAAAGACCUAAUAAGUAAUUUCCCUGUUGGAAAAACAAGAAAAAAACCAGCCCUUUAUUACAAAAGAAGUGGGCCACUCUGAUGGAUUUUUUACAUAUUGGAGCAGCAUUGACACAGCAGAAAAUCAAACAAUGAUGUUUGGAGGACUUAACAUUCAGUGAACAUAUCUCUCUGCAGGGCACAUGCAUUUGGUCAAAGAAUGUAAGUCUGGCCAUUUUAUAAAAUAGCUUAUUGUGAAAUGUAUAGAAAACGUAAUGUCCACAGUUAUACCAUAUGUUUUAUUGAUUACUGCAUAAUGUGUUGCACUGUCAAGUGUCUGAUUGCCAUAAAAAAAUGGUUCUUGCUCCAUUGCCAGGAAGGAAACUGACAAUGUGCUUCAUUGUAAAUUAUAUAAAUUGUGUCCAUUGUUUUAUUGUAUUUAAUUUAACAGUAUGAUACAGUAUUUGAUUUUCUGCUUUUCUUUGUUCACCAUAUCUGUUGUUUAUAUGAUUUGCCAUCUGUUUUUUUUCUUUUUUCUUGUUGAAUAUAAAAAGUAAAAAUAC